AUGUCAAACCCAGUCACGUCGCCUUUCGGCAACCCCCUCUCUUUUGCAUCUUGCUCCAUCGGCCUCCAACGGCAUACCCUCGAGCAGAAGCUACAGGCCAUCUCCUCAGCCGGCUUCAACGGCAUUGAGCUCUCCUUCCCCGAUCUUAAAUCCUUUGCCAAUCGGCACCUGAACAAAGAGGUCGCCGACGAUGACUAUCCCUCCCUCUGCGAGGCCGGCAAGAUCCUUCGCAAGCUCUGCGAGAAGAUGCAACUCCAGAUCAUGGUCCUCCAACCCUUUUCCAAUUUUGAGGGAUGGCCGAAGGGAAGCCAGGAGCGCGAAGACGCUUUCAAGCGCGCCAAGGGGUGGAUGGAGAUCAUGAGCGCCGUCGGGACGGACAUGCUGCAGGUGGGCUCGUCCGACUCUCCCGACAUCACGGCGUCCAUCUCGGAGCUGGUGGCCGACCUCGCUGAACUUGCCGACCUUCUCGCGACGCGGGGGUUCAAGGUGGCGUACGAGAACUGGUGCUGGGCGACGCACGCAGCUUCCUGGAAGGACGUGUGGAAGAUUGUGCAGCUUGCGAACCGGCCCAACCUCGGGCUCUGCCUCGACACGUUCCAGUCUGCCGGCGGAGAGUGGGGCGACCCGACGACCGAGUCCGGGCGGAUCGAGACGGGCGGUCUCGGGGAAAAGGAGCUGAAGUUGACGUAUGAGAUUUCCCUGCAGGAGUUGGCCAAGACGGUUCCCCCGGAGAAGAUAUUCUUCCUGCAGAUCAGCGACGCGUACAAGGUCAGCCCGCCGCUUGAUGCCAAGCCCGAUGAGUCCGGGCUGCGGCCGAGGGGCCGGUGGAGUCAUGACUACCGGCCGCUGCCGUAUGACGGCGGAUACCUGCCGAUUUUGCAAUUCUUGGAGGCGGUCAUGAGUACGGGGUUCAGGGGCUGGUUGAGCAUUGAAGUUUUUGACGGCAAGUUUGAGGAGAAGUACGGGGACGAUUUGGAAAGGUAUGCGAACAAAGGACGGGAGGCGGUGGUGAAGAUGCUUGGAGCCAUGAUUGUUGAUAGGAGUGGUUUCUAA